AUGGCAGGCCCAAUUGCUGUACCGCCUCCGCCACCGGGAGCUCCCCAACAGAGCUCAACCACCCAGAGAACCUCGGAUGUUAUUGGCUUGUUUCGAUCUAGCAAGUGCUUUAAAAUGGACGCGUCAGAUACGUUAGUGACAUCGCUUGACUUCGAUGACUCAGGUGAAUUCGUUCUGGCCGCCUGUGACGAUGAUUCUCUACAAAUCUACAACGCUAAAGAAGGAAAACACGUAAAGAAAGUACAGUCACAGAAGUUUGGUGCCCACCUUGCCCGCUUUACUCACCACCCUUCAUCCAUUAUAUAUGCGAGCACUAAGGUCAACGACGAGAUUCGCUAUCUAUCUACACAUGACAACCAAUUUCUUCGUUACUUUCGAGGUCAUACCGCUCCAGUAACCUGUCUCGCUGUUUGUCCCGGUUCGGAUACCUUCCUUUCUUGCUCACUCGACGACACUGUGCGUCUAUGGGACUUCAAGUCUCCAUCUCCUCAAGGCCGUCUCAACCUGUUAAAGCCCCACCUAGCCGCCUACGACCCUUCCGCAUCCGUGGUUGCUAUAGCCUCCAAUGUCACACAUACAGUCCUCCUCUAUGACCUUAGAAACUACGACAAACCUCCCUUUGCGACAUUCGACGUACGCAGUUAUCUGCCACAGCAGACUGUCAACUCUGGGAAGCUUGAUUGGACGAGAUUGGAGUUCUCAAAUGACGGCAAAUCGCUUUUACUGGGCACCAACAGCUCAGCUGGUCAUCUACUCCUCGAUGCUUUUGAGGGUACUCUUCGUGCUCAUUGCGUCAGGUCUCAAGCACCUACACAUCUCCGAGCCACACCAGAGAUGCGGAGUGAGCACCGAGGUCAAGGGGACGUAUGCUUUAGCUCCGACGGACGCUAUGUGAUUGGCGGCUCUGGUGGCAAUCAUGAUGCCAUCGUGUGGGAUACCCAUGGCCAGGUGGAGAUCGAGACGAAGCAGUUGAAGCCACUGUGUGGACUGCCCUGCAAAUCGAAAGCUGCGCUUGUGGAGUGGAAUCCGAGGUACAAUAUGUGCGUUACCGCGGACCGAGAGGUCAUAUUCUGGGUUCCUGACGAACAUGUCGGGUUGAAACCUCCAUGA